UCUCUUAGAUUAAUUUUCAUAAUGUUUUAAGUUCUUGUCGUAAUUUGUUACAAUUUUGGAAGUAAUUGAAAACUAAGGAACAAUAUUUAUUAAAAAAAGUUAAUAUGUUACUUUAGUUAGUAUUUCCGCAUAAAUAUCCUAUGGUUGACCAAUGAAUGAAUUAGUUUUCUGUCAAUAAUUCUAAUUUUCUUUAAGAUAAACAGUAAAUAUUAAAUAUUUUAUAAACUAUUAUUAUUGUUAGACCAAAAUGGUGGUACACAAAGUUCCUUUAAAACAUGAUGAUCCUCAAUUACAAAUAAUAUCUCAACAGCCAACUGGAACAGUACAAAGAACAUCAAAAACUGUACCACUAGUUCGUCAAGCUCCUGUGUUUGAUCUCGAAGUUAUUACUAGUGAUAAUUUUGUGCCAUGGAAAAAUACUUUUAAUAUGCGACAAGUAACUUUAGCUAAUAUAAUUGAUGUUGCUAAUGGAAAUGAUAAAGCUUCUACAAAAGCUGCCAAAAUGAGAGCUAAGAACUUUGUAAAUGCUGCAAAGUCUUUAGAUUUAUUAAGACAAAACUUACAAAGUUCUAUCAAUAAAGAGAUUGAUAAUGUGAUUAGAAAAUAUUUGACGACAUAUUUUGGUGUGGCUAUUGAUAAUGUGAAAAAUAAUUUGGGUUCAAAUUGUAUGACAGAAGAUCAUGUUAGAGAAGUUUGUCGUACUAUGUUGGAUGAAGCUAAACUCAUGUAUUCAAAUCCACCUUUAUCAGGUAGUAAUUCACCAUUUAAUACUUCACAAACUACAGAUAUGCUGAUUGAAUCACGUUUUGCUAAACAACAUUCCAAAAAUCGAUCUCCAUUAAAACGCAAAGAACCAAUACCAGAGCUUGAUGAUAAUUUAUCCCCAGUAAUUGAUCAACAAUCUUCCCAAACAUCAUUAACAAAACAUCAAAGAUUCCAAUCUGCUUGGGAUCCCUCAAAAAUUCAUUCUCAGACACUUUUUGUGUUAGCUACAAGAGCUAAUAAAAGGGGUAGCCGUUUAUGCAAUAAGCACCCUGAACUUUUUCAAUAUACCAUAGAUCAAGAAGAUCGAGAAUGGUUGAUGAAGCAAAAGUUGUUUGUUUUGCCACCACCUUCACCUUCUAAUUCCACAUCAAUAUUACUUCUGGAAGAUGUUCAAUUGUUAUUGAGCAGUGUCAAUUACAAGAAUAAUCCUCAUGAAUUGAAAGGAUUUGAGUUACCAGAAUUCAUAUUAAAUAAAGUACGCUCUACUAUGAUUAUACAUAAGCCAGACGAGAUACGGUCCCCGCAACAAAUUAUAAUAACUGAAAAUGGAGAAAUUGAAGAACAAACAGCUUGCAGUAUUACUUUAAAUGAAAAUAAUAAUUCAUCUAUUACCCAAUCAGCAGCUCAUUCAGAAUCUAGCAGCAUCAUGAUAUCAGGUACAUCAACUACUCUAGCUGAAGCAUUAAAUAUGCUCGAGUAUGGUGAAAGAUUACCUCAACAAAAUGAUAUUGCUCAUUUAUCACCUAAUAAUAAUACUGGAUUGGCAACUACACAUUCCACUCUUACGGCUCUAUUAGCAGCUGAAAAUAGUUUUAUGUCUGCUAGUAGCAAUAAUAGUGGUAAUCAAUCUAACAAUAAUGUCAAUACACAGUUUGGAAUGUAAAUUAGUACUAACUAUAAAACACUAUCAAAUCUAGUCAUAUUAAGCACAUUAAAAUUAUAAUUAUUGUGUUGUUUAAUAUUAUAUCUUUAUUUUAAACCAGCCACAGUAGUCUACAUAUAUUAUCAUAAAUUAUAAAAGCUAAUUCUUUUUUAAGUUUAUAAUUUUUUAAAAUUUUUAUUUUAUACCUGUUAUUUGUUAAAUAGUGUAAUUACCAUUUUUAAUAGAUAUUUCUUAAAAUAUAUUCUUAUUGACUUCUAAUUGUUAGUCAUUAAUCCUAGUAAAUUUUAUAAAUAUUUACAAUUCAUAAUUCU